UAGGCUGCCUGCGUUGUUUGGGGACAGUCCGAAGAUGGCGACGGCCCAGCUGUAUUGCGUCUGCCGGCAGCCGUACGACGUGAGCCGGUUUAUGAUAGAAUGCGACAUUUGUAAGGACUGGUUUCACGGCAGCUGUGUCGAGGUUGAAGAGCACUAUGCUGUGGACAUUGACGUUUACCACUGUCCCAACUGUGAUGUCCACCACGGACCCUCUCUCAUGAAGAAACGGAGAAAUUGGCACAGACAUGACUACACAGAGCCAGAUGACGGCAGUAAGCCGGUGCAGGCUGGCACCUCCGUUUUUGUUCGGGAGCUGCAGGCCAGGACCUUCCCCAGUGGAGAUGAGAUCUUACAGCCAAUGCAUGGUGGUCAGGUCACCCAGAGAUAUCUGGAGAGACAUGGCUUCCGCUAUCCCAUCAGUGUAUCCAAAAUGGAAGAACUCGGCCUCCGGUUACCUCCGCCGGAUUUCUCCGUCAAGGAUGUCGAGCGUUAUGUCGGAGGCGACAAAGUAAUCGAUGUCAUUGAUGUGGCCAGGCAGGCGGACAGCAAGAUGAAACUGAAAGCGUUUGUCAAGUAUUAUUACAGCCCUCAGAGGCCCAAAGUCUUGAACGUCAUCAGUCUGGAGUUUUCAGACACCAAGAUGGCAGAGCUGGUGGUCGUCCCUGAUAUCGCCCAGAAGAUGUCUUGGGUGGAGAACUACUGGCCUGAUGACUCUUACUUUCCCAAGCCCUUUGUGCAGAAGUAUUGUUUAAUGGGCGUCAAGGACAGCUAUACAGACUUCCAUAUUGAUUUCGGGGGCACGUCUGUGUGGUACCAUGUAUUGUGGGGGGAGAAGAUUUUUUAUUUAAUAAAGCCGACCCCAGCUAACCUUGCACUAUAUGAGGAGUGGAGCUCAUCCCCGAACCAGAGUGAAGUGUUCUUCGGGGAGAAAGUGGACAAGUGCUACAAAUAUGUCGUGCGGCAGGGAACAACACUUCUGAUCCCAACAGGAUGGAUCCAUGCAGUUCUCACCUCUCAGGAUUGCAUGGCUUUUGGAGGAAACUUCCUCCACAACCUCAACAUUGGCAUGCAGCUCAGGUGUUAUGAGAUGGAGCGGCGUCUGAAGACUCCAGACCUCUUUAAGUUCCCUUAUUUCGAGGCCAUCUGCUGGUACGUGGCGAAGAAUCUACUGGAGACUCUUAAAGAAUCUCGAGAGGAAAACUGCCUGCCUCCAGAAUACCUGAUCAAGGGAGUCAAAGCGUUGAUCACUGCACUGAGGAACUGGCUAAAGAGAGAGGUCACUGAGCCAGCCAGCGAGGUCCCAGACCAUAUCAGACCCAACCAUCUCAUUAAAAUGCUCACCAAGGAAAUCCAGUACCUUGAGGAGUACCAGAAUGGGAACUGUGGAAACAAGCCAAUGAAGCUUCAAGAAAGCUCCAUUUGUCCUUCCACGAGGUCAGCACACGAGCGAGGGUCUCACGCACGCAGGGCCGCCAGACGGCUCCGUGGCCACCACCACCAUCAUCAUCGCCACCACCACCACCACCAUCAUCAUCAUCAUAAUCAUCAACACUCAGACAGCCCUAAAGCUCCCUCACACCUGGACAUCUAUGAGCAGCACACGCAGGAGGUCUUGAAAAGACUGGAGAUGGGGCCUUAUGAGGAGGAUGCCUCCUUUAACCUGAAAGUCAACGGCAAGUUCAAUAAGGUUUCGACAGCUUCAGCCGCAGCAGCAGAACGCAGUUUGGAAAAUGAUCUGCGUCUGGUGCUGUGCAAUGGACAAAUAGUGAGAGAUAACAGGCAGCAUGUUGCUGAAAAAAGACCAAGGAUAAAGGAAGAGGAGGAAGGCCGAGACGUGAAGAGGGACUCGCUCAAGAUCAAACUGAUCCCUAAAGAGGAGGAACAGGAAGUGCAUGUUCAAGUGAAAGAGGAGGAUAAACGUCAUCUUGUAGCCAGAGGAGUGAAGGACUUCACAGAUAUGAGUAAUGAAGAGGGUUCAGAUCUCAGGAACAGAGAAUCUGUACUUUCAGACAUUUCUUCAGACUCUGAAUCAGAUGCAGAGUUUACUACACGGAAAAAGAACUGCUCUGAGGAGGAAUCUGAAAGUUCUUCAGAGGAAGAGGACGAUGAAAAGAUAAAGAGGAUUGGAGACGACAAAAGUAACACCAAAAGCUGCUCUAGCUUCACUAUGGAUACACACAAGUCCCGGCAAAGAAUUAGCAGUUUUGAAAAAUGUCUUAAAAGUGAAUCGGUCACCUUGGCCAGUGCUGAGGAGGAUGCUAUCCAGGGAAUGCUGGCUGUUGCAGGACUGCUGUAUUCUCACCCAACAGAAGACCCCAGCAGCUCACAGGAAUCCUGGUGGUCUCGGACCAACCACACCUCACCUGAAUACAGCAGAAAGAAGGUUGCAUCAGGAGAGGAGAAUCAGGAUUCAGACAGCAAUUCUUCACAGGAGGGUUUUGAGGCACGUGAGCACUCAGGGGGAGGAUGUCACUCGAGCAAACUCCAGCACAGGAUCCAGGAGCACAAGAGCUUCAUGGACAGUCAGGGCAGCAGCAGCAGCAGCAGUGAAACGUGGAGCAGUUGCACACAGUCUCCAGCUCACAGGGAAAGCCCAAUGAUGACCUAUCAGUACUGUGAGACCUCACUGUCACCACCACUGCACCCGUCCAAGAGGCCUGCCGCAAACCCUCCACCAGUCAGCAAUCAGGCCACCAAAGGUAAACGUCCUAAGAAGGGCAUGGCCACAGCUAAACAGCGACUGGGCAAGAUUCUCAAACUCAGCAGACACAAACCCUUCUUUGUGUAGUUCCAAUGAUGGCAGAAGAUUCCGGAUGCUAUGCGUGUGUAAAGGUGACAGGGUAUCAAGUGUGUUUGAGUCAACACGGCAGGUCAAAAAAAUAAAAAGAAAAGCUUGGUAUUCGCUACCAAUAAACCUAAAGCUAUGGAAUGAUCUGUUUUGCUAAUAUAAAUCCAAAGAAACGAGGAAAGCAUGACUGAAAAACAUCGCUUUUUAAGGUUUUCAAAUUUUUUCUCAACAAAAACGCAUGAGGAUGUCGACUUAACUAAGUGAUGGACUGAUUUCGUAAAGGUGCUUGACUUUGGUCUUCAUAUUUUAGUAUCUCAACCGACUUUCUCGCAAAUUGAACGAAAGUUUGCACUCACUGCCUCAAGAGUCACCCAGAACUACCUGUCAAUCAAAACGUACAAACGUUUUGAGAGAACGUAAAGUGUAUUUUGUAUUCAUCUUGAUAUAUUUUGGGUAGUUUAGGUACAUUUUGGUCCUCUGUCGCCAUCUAGUGGGCUCAUCGUUCACACCAGGACAAUUUCUUUAAUUUAUUCCAAUGUUUUGGUGCUGUUAUUAAAAGACGUAUUUAUUACUGAUGAAAGAAUUUAUUUCGUUCUUCAUUCGGGGUCUGUUUUGAAGCGCAUUUAGAUGUUUGUGCACAAUAUGUCAUCCGUAUCUGUAUUGCAUUGUGGGUAAGAACAAAAUGUGUUGUGUAAGAAGAAGCCAAUGUUAAAUCAAAAUACCUGGCCAACAUUUUUGUUACCUCAAGGUGAUUUUUUCCUUAAAAAAAAAGAAAAAAGAAAGAAAACAAAUUAUGAUUCUGACUUUUAAUCUGGUUUUUGUACUAGAUCUGGUUUCCGAAUCGCUGCCUCUGUGAAUUGGAAAGCAUUAAAACACUGUUUUAACCUGGUGCUGUGUAUAGUAUAAGAAUUUUUUACCUUUUUUUUUUUUUUUUUACAUUUGAAAUGUAUUUGGCUACUCGUCUUUUAACAAAGAAUUGAAAAAAAUAGAGUAUUUAUUUUUUAUAAAAGAAAAAAAAAUUCCCCGCAAUUGUACCAACAGCGUGUAUUGAAAUAUGGCAUUUUGUAAGAUAUAUAUGUGUGUGAUUUGGAGGUAGUUUACUCGGCUUUUGUUUUUGUAUGUGUGAAAGACCUCAGGUAAUUGUUUGAGCUCAAGGUUUUGGAUUCCCUUUGAUGAAUGCCAAAUAUUUUAAUCAUAGAAGUCAGGUUUUGUGGUAUCCAGACAGCGAAAAAAUAGAAAAAAAACGUAAAAAAAAACGAAAUUUCUUAUUAAAUAUCCAUAAUUUUCUCCUUUACAGCAUUUUUACAAAGCUUUUUAGGCAAUAACGCACAUUCCAGAAGCUUCCACGAACUGAUUUCAAUACAAAUCUAGCAGCUCAGGGCUCACACACAGCCUGUUUUUCUGACAGACGGGAUUUUUCUCUGAAGGGCUUCAGUGUAAAGGUGUACGGAAUUGAACACAGUAUUCUUACUGUAUGCCAUUUUUCGUGGCUUUUUAUGAUGGUUUGUUUCAUACCACAAUGCCAUUAAUGUAGCACCUAAUGUUGUUGCCCUUGCUAAUGAUGGUGCUAUUUGUUUGAGCAGGAUUUGAGCCAAAGUGCAUGUGUAUUUCAGUCGGACGUUUGAUUUCGAUGUGCUCUCUUUGAGGGUUUUUGGUCUAUGAAAUAACGGCGCACUGCACUAACUCUUCCUGCCUUCGCUAUGUUACACUACACUGUUUUUAUUGUUGUUUUCUUCAACACAGCAAGUAUCUAAAUGUGCUCGAUUGAAACGUUGCUGGCCUGCAGGCAGGGUUUGUACCAUGCAGUACUUGUACAGUAUUUAUUUGGCAUUCUCGCUUGUGUUUUCCAUUUUCUGGUCUUGCAAUCAAUUACAUGUUUGUACAUGGCGUGUCCUUCCUUUUUUCACUGCAUUCAGCUGUUUGAAAUUUUUAUAUGGUUGUAUGAUUUGGUUGAACAUUUUUGUGACACUGUAAUCCACGGCUUAAGCUGUAGAAAUUGGGAUUUUCAGUUGUAUAAUGUGGCCUGUACAUAUUAAAAGUUUUACGAGUGAAAAUUA